CACCAAAACUCACUACUUUAUUGCGCUGAACAAUCAACAAGGCAAAACAAACACAUCAACGUUGGAUUCGAUGAGACAGUCGCACAAUGGAUAUUGUUUAUUGACCAACAUGUGAGAGAUCCAAAUUCAGAGUUUGAUUCGUAAUUUCUUGCUCUCCAGAUCUAGACUUCACUGCUCGCUCGUGGAAGAUCCGAUCAUCAAUCGAUUUAUUCGUUUUCCGGGAUCUUGAACUUCAACAACAAAGCAAUGAGCUUUCUUUUUUGAGAGAGUUGAUGCAAUCUCUGGCAUUCAAUCUAAGAUGUUUGGCGGAAAAAGUUACGUACUCAGAGGGAGUGUGUCACUUGCCUUAGUUAUCCUCAUCCUUUUGAUGAUAACACUCCUGGUUUCCGAGAAAAACCCGCUCCGUACUUCUCUUUUUGAAGUAAAGCGUCAGUUUUCAGCAUCUUCUUCAGUUUGUAACUUUGCAAAGGGGAAAUGGGUUGAAGACCGGAAGCGACCAUUGUAUUCUGGUUUUGAAUGUAAACAAUGGUUAUCAACCAUGUGGGCGUGUAGAAUAAUGGGCAGACCCGAUUUCUCAUUUGAGAGUUACCGGUGGCAGCCAGAAGGUUGCAACAUGCCACAGUUUGACAGAUUCACCUUCUUGAGAAGAAUGCAGAACAAGACUAUAGCAUUUGUAGGAGACUCGUUGGGACGGCAACAGUUUCAAUCUCUGAUGUGCAUAGCCACUGGUGGUGAAGAGAGCCCAGAGGUUCAAAACGUGGGAUGGGAAUAUGGUCUGGUGAAACCCAAAGGAGCUCUCCGUCCUGAUGGUUGGGCUUAUCGGUUCCCGACCACAAACACAACCAUCUUGUACUAUUGGUCAGCUAGUUUAUCAGAUUUGGUACCAAUGAACAACACUGAUCCACCUCGUGUUACUGCAAUGCAUCUGGACCGUCCACCAGCGUUCAUGAGAAACUACCUUCACCGUUUCGAUGUAUUGGUUCUAAACACCGGUCACCAUUGGAACAGAGGCAAGAUCGAAGGAAAUCAUUGGGUGAUGCAUGUGAAUGGAACACGGGUCGAUGGCGAAUAUCUCAAGGAUAUCAGAAACGCUAAAGAUUUUACAAUACACAGCGUUGUGAAGUGGCUCGAUGCACAGCUCCCAUUGCAUCCGCGGUUGAAAGCUUUCUUUAGAACGAUAUCUCCGAGGCAUUUUAGAAACGGAGAUUGGAAUACAGGUGGAAACUGUAACAACACGGUCCCUUUGUCUAGAGGAAGCGAAAUCACAGGCGAUGAUGGAUCGAUCGAUACAACGGUGGAGAGUGCUGUGAAUGGAACAAGGAUCAAGAUUCUUGACAUAACUGCACUUUCUGAGCUAAGAGAUGAAGCUCAUAUCUCAGGGUCGAAACUCAAACCCAGAAAACCGAAAAAGGCGAGUAACGCGACUUCGACUCCAGUGGUCAACGAUUGCUUGCAUUGGUGCUUACCCGGGAUCCCUGAUACUUGGAAUGAACUUCUCAUUGCCCAGAUUUAAUAUACUCAACACCGUUACACACUCGAAAGAUGGUUCAAUGGAUUGGCUCUGUUGAUUCUUUGUUAUAGAAGGUUUUGUUUUUUUCUUAAAUUCUUUCUAAUGGUAACGGAAAUAGUUCUACAGUCAGCGUUUGCGGUUUCUGCGAUUCGCGUUUGAUAAUUGGACUGAUACACACAUUUUACAGAUAUUCAUAUGUAAUGGUUAUAUAGUCUGGUUUUAUACAAGAAACAUUGAA